CUGGGGCCCUUUGACUCCCCCAGUGGUACCCGGGAUCCCUCAACGUCAGUGAACAUCCAUACCCACCCAACCGUGGCUUGGGAUGCGGCUGUGGGUCCCUCAAUUCAGCUGCCCAGGGUAGUUUAUCUUGGAGGGCGUGUGCGAGAUGGAGGUGAGGCGACUUCCUCCUUGCCGAGGAAAGGGUGGGAGCUUUCUGGAGACCUAGAGCCAGAGGAAUCUUUGUGGUAAUUUACUUCCCAUCCCAUGUCAUCAGAGAGAUCGGAAAACAGACCAAACGAGAAGGCCUGGGUCUGGUUCUAGCUCAGUCACAUCGCAGGGCUGGGACCCAGAUCUGGCCUCUGCUCCUCCUUCCCGGGAACCGAGUAAGGAGUCUGGGUCGUGUUGGGGUAGGGAUUUCCUGUGGCCGCCCGCCCCAGGGUAGGCCUCAGAGCUGGUUCUAGCCUGGCCUCCUCCCGUGUCCCCAUGAGUGACAGUCCCCAGAGUGAGUGUGAGUGUGUGUACGCCGCGCCAGAGCGCGGGCCUGGCCGUGGGCGGGCACCUCUCACAGUGUCGGGCCUCCGCCCCCACGGUGGGUGGGCGGGCGGCCGGCAUUCUCAGCAGCGCGGGACCAGUUUCCUCGUAAGCGACCAGAGCCGCUUCGCCAAGGAAGUGCUGCCCCAGUACUUCAAACACAGCAACAUGGCCAGCUUUGUGCGGCAACUGAACAUGUAUGGUUUUCGGAAGGUGGUGAGCAUCGAGCAGGGCGGCCUGCUCAGGCCUGAGCGCGACCACGUCGAGUUUCAGCACCCGAGCUUCGUGCGCGGUCGCGAGCAACUACUGGAACGCGUGCGGCGCAAGGUGCCUGCGCUGCGCAGCGACGACGGCCGCUGGCGCCCUGAGGACCUGGGCCGGCUGCUGGGCGAGGUGCAGGCCUUGCGGGAAGUACAGGAGAGCACCGAGGCGCGGCUGCGGGAGCUCAGGCAGCAGAACGACAUCUUAUGGAGGGAGGUGGUGUCCCUGCGGCAGAGCCACGGUCAGCAGCAUCGUGUCAUUGGCAAGCUGAUCCAGUGCCUCUUUGGGCCACUUCAGGGAGGGUCCAGCAGUGCAGGAGCUAAGAGAAAGCUGUCCCUGAUGCUGGAUGAGGGGAGCUCAUGUCCAACACCGGCCAAAUUCGGUGCCUGCCCCCUGCCUGGUGCCCUCCUGCAGGACCCCUACUUUAUCCAGUUGCCCCACCCAGAGACCACAUUGGGACUCAGCAGCCCUUACAGGGCCAGAGGUCCCACCAUCUCUGACAUCCCAGAAGACUCUCCAUCCCCUGAAGGGACCAGGCUUUCUCCCUCCAGUGGUGGAAAGAGGGAGAAGGGCCUGGCACUACUCAAAGAAGAGCCGGCCAGCCCAGCAGGGGAAGGUGAGGCUGGGCUGGCCCUGGCCCCAAAUGGGUGUGACUUCUGCGUGACAGCCCCCCCAGCGCUGCCUGUGGCUGUAGUGCAGGCCAUCCUGGAAGGGAAAGAGAGCUUCAGCCCUGAGGGACCCAGGAAUGCCCAACAGCCUGAACCAAGGGGUCCCAGGGAGGUAUCUGGCAGGGGGCCUCUGGGCCUGGAAAGGGGGGGCCAGAGCCCAGAGAGUCUGCUGUCUCCAAUGCUACUUCGGGCCCCUCCUGAAAGUGUGGAGCCUGCAGGGCCCCUGGAUGUGCUGGGCCCCAGCCUCCAAGGGAAGGAAUGGACCCUGAUGGACUUGGACAUGGAGCUGUCUCUGCUAGAGCCCCAGCUCUCCUCCCCAACUGCUUCCUGGGGUUCUUCUAUGCAGAUGCAACCCUUGGUUCCAGAGAAGGGUGAGACUGAGCUGGCGGUCAAGGGGUUAAAUUCUCCAGACCCAGGGAAGGACUCCACUAUAGAGGCACCACUCCUGCUGGACGUCCACGCGGCUUUGGGAAGCCCAGCUCUCGGCCUGCCUGGAGCUUUAACCAUUUACAGCCCCCCUGAGAGCCGGGCCUCCUAUCUGGUCCCGGGCGCUGAUCCCUUUCCCUGAGCAGCUCUCCACUUUGAAGCCAGCCUGACUGAGGGGCUGGCCUGCAGCCGCAGAUCCUUCUCGGCUUCCCGGCGCCCCCUGGCGGAGGCUGAGCCAAGACCGUACAAUUCGGUGGCCCCUUCCCAUUACCAAGUCGUGCACAUAAACCGCAUUUUUCCCCU